UCUCCAUAAAUCGUGAAUAAACUUUUUGUGGCAUACAACAAACACUCUAACAUCGCCUUAAAUUUGAGUAAAGUAGUUAUGUGAAGUGGUGCCAGUGGUUGGCUGGGCCUUUGCUGCACGCACUGACGCGUCUGACACUCCCCUGCGCUGAAGGAUAGCAGUCACAUUCACACACACAUACCCAUCAACUACACAAGACACGUCACAAACUAAAAAUUUUCGCUUUCUGCCCUACCGGAUUCAGGCGUGUGAUGUCAGAAAAAUUGCGCGCGUUGAGUUUAACAAGCGGAAAUGUACAUGGACAGACAAAAGCAGUAACAGCAAGCAGAUCGGGCAAAGCAACAGCAACAGAGUUACAGAAUAUGGCAAACAGUCACACCAGCAUUAACACCACCACCAACACAGUGCCACAUAUUGGCGCACCCACUUUGAUAUCGACUACAUUGCAGCAAUUACCGCCACCGACGACACCCACAACACCCACCCCACAGUCUUUAGGUGGUGGCGGCAAUGAUGCGGAUGCAGCCAAUUCUCAUACAACAACUAAUGCUGUAAUGCUAGCGUCUGGCUUUGCUGGCAGUGAUACCGAGUCCACGUCGGACUACAAUGUUGGAGCUGCUGGCACAGGAGCUGUAGGCGCUGGUGUACAAUUAAACUUUCAUCUGUUGCCAGAUGGAGGCGCCGUCGGCACUGCUGGCGAUGGUAAUUCAAUAAUGAACUCAUCACAAAUAUCUGCCAACUCCAAUGAGUCGAUGCAGCUGUCGAGCAGUCCUGGUGGUGGCGGCGGCAGUGCUAGUGGAAUGGCAGUGGCGAGCAUUCCUGGAAAGUCUGUCGGUGGCAAGCAUUUGACCGCACACAGUGUGGCAGGGAAAUCCUGUCGCUUUCCUAAGCUAGAAGAAUGCGCACACUUUCACUAUGAGCGCGUACAGCUGGGCGCAUUUUCGGUGCGCCUGGUCGACGAUAAAUCCGAACUACUCAAUAGCAGCAUAGCAUCACAAUCGAUUGGUGGCGAUAUUGCCGGCAGUCAACUGGGGCAGGCGCUCAGCAGCAGUGGCACCGGCCCGUCAUCCUAUCGUUCCUUCUCGCCAGCGAAUUGUUGGUUCAUUAUUAAAGUUUUUCCUCACAGCUGUGAUCCGUUUCUAGUAAAACGUUCCUUUGACAACAUGCAAAUGUUAGACGAAAUGUUGCAUCGCUGCGUUUAUGAUCGUAAAAUAAGCGGCCUAAAGAAUUUGGAAGAAAUGGAUUUCAAGAGCGAAGAAGAUGUGGAAUAUGCGGUAGCUAAAUACUUGGAGCGCUUCUCAAAGAUCGCUUCAGAUUCGCUGACAUGCGGCACUAUCCUCACUUGGCUGCAAUUGGACAAUAAGGGUCGACGAUUGCCACUAGCCGAUGGCGAUACUAUGCGCACGAUCAACACACCCGCUGUAGGCGCAGCCUAUGGUGUACGUCGCUAUCAGGCACAAGCUUCCGAUGAGAUUUCAAUUGAAGUAGGCGAUAUGAUUUCCGUUAUUGAUAUGCCCAGUCCGGCUGAGUCGAUCUGGUGGCGCGGUAAGAAGUCUCAUUUGCAAAAAUCGCAGUACGAGGUCGGUUUCUUUCCGCAAUCAUGUGUGGCCACGAUCGGUGAUAAGGUGCCACGGCAUUUUCCUUUGCCCGCUCCAUUGGUGGGUCAGUUGGAUGUCUCGCCAACGAAGCCAGUAUUGCGUAAACACGGCAAGCUCAUCGCUUUCUUUCGUUCGUUCAUACUGUCACGCCCAUCACGACGUCGUCUCAAGCAGAGCGGCAUCUAUCGUGAACGUGUCUUUUCGUGUGAUCUGUCGGAGCAUUUGCUUAACAGUGGACAAGAGAUACCGAUGGUUCUGAAGUGUUGCGCGGAAUUCAUUGAAGAAUAUGGCAUUGUUGAUGGCAUCUAUCGACUUUCGGGCAUUACAUCGAACAUACAAAAACUGCGAAGAGCCUUCGACGAAGAACGUAUACCAGAUUUGGGUAAUCCAGAGAUGAAACAAGACAUACACGCAGUUAGUUCUUUGCUGAAAAUGUACUUCCGCGAAUUGCCGAAUCCUUUGUGUACAUACCAGUUGUAUGAUAACUUUGUCGAGGCUAUACAAGAGAAAAGCGAGUCGAAUGAACGGCUGCGUCUGAUGAAGGAAACGGUGCUGAAAUUGCCACCACCGCAUUAUCGCACUCUCAAAUAUUUGGCUGAGCAUCUGAAUCGAAUCUCGCAGCAUUCUGCACGCACCAGCAUGACUGACAAGAAUCUUGCGAUUGUCUGGGCCCCAAAUUUACUACGCUCUCCAGCACUGGAGUCUGGCGGAGUGGCCGCUCUGCGCGGUGUAGGCGUACAAGCCGUUGUCACUGAGUACCUGAUACGCAAUUGUCACAAUAUUUUCGACGCCUUCGAUGACAUGAAUGUGCGAUUGAGUUACAUCGCGACAGCAGGCGCCACACCGGCCAACGAGACGCGUCUGGAUUCUUUAACAGAUUGUGAGAGUUUGCUGGUUGAACAACGAGAACACGAUCAAUCGCUCACCUAUAUGGAGCGUCCAAAAAGCCUUAGCACAGGCGGACCGAAACUAAUAAGUUUGGAAGAAGCACAGGAACGCCACUCACGCAUCGAUGGACUCGAUAUGAAGACUUCGAUGCCAAUUAAUAUGGUGGCCAGCAAUGCGGCCAAUAUUGGUUCAUAUAUUGAGGUUGGUGGUGGGCCCUCCAGCCUGCCCGACAAAUACCACACAGUGUUAUCGGUGCCACGUAGCUGGCAAAAACGGAAAACGCACUCAUGGAAAUCGCUUUUCACACGCAAUCAGCGACCGAUAAGUAAUGGCGGGCAUGAUAUGAAGACUGGUGUCGCUGUGGGUGCAGUAGGCGUCAGUGAUACGCCGCCAGCGCGUCAUAAAGAUGGUAGCCACACACAGGUCACCUUUGCUGAGGCGGAUUUAAUCAUUACGAACGCUGUUAAGGUUGGCAAAGCAUUGCACAAACAGGAAAAAAUGAAAUCGAUUGAGCUAUUUGAGACUAGCAGUCGACGGGACGAAGUGUCUGGCAAGCCAAUGGAAGUAUGUGUGCGCUCGAACUCCAUCGACAGCCUGCGAACUGCUGGCCACUCGCGCUCAGUCUCGCAUGACUCCUAUUUCGAUCUGCUGCAGUCGCCACAACGCGGGCACGUAACCACUUGCCCUUCGCGUGAGCUCUCAGAACUUGGUUUGAACUUCGACCGCGAAGAGCCAGAGAUGCGCAUCUUCUCCGAGAGUGAGUCGCUGGUAAGUUCACCGCGUGUUGGCAAGGAGAAUAUACCACCAUCGUCGGGCGCAGCUUCGCGACGCAUAUUGCGUGCGCGUCCCGAGGAAUUUUCCAGUCAAACGAAUAGCGUGAAUCCGAGUCCCAAAAAGCAACCACGUCUGAAUUUGCAUCUAUCGCCAAGCGCUGCUUCGGCACUCGCGCACAAUUGGGCACAACAAGGCACCGGUGUAGCUGGAGUACCAGCAGGGGUAGGUGUAAUGCUCGAUGCUGCCGGCAACGAGGUGGCCUGUCACGAACAUCACGCUCAUCUCUCCAGCGAUGAGAGCUGUUGCAAACGAUACAAGCUGGAGGAUCAAUUAUCCGAUAUACAAUUCAUUGACUGCGGCACACCCGAGCAUGCCAUAGCCAAUCCACAGACACUGUAUGCUAGCGUUCAAGUGCAUGCGCCACCCAAGUCAGCGUUAUCCAAGAACUCACUGUAUAGUUCAACGGAAAGCACCAAUAAAUUGCAAGAUGCCGUCAGCGCUAAGGCGGCUCAAUUCGAAAAGAAAUAUGGGCUUAGUACCAAAAGCGGUGAUAAGAAAACAUCCGCCGGUGCCGCAGCGGCCGCCGCAGCCGGAGGUAGUAUCAUUAAUACACGAUACAGCUAUCCAACAGUGCAGUUAGGAGCAAAACGUAAGGAUCAGGAUUCAUUUAAAGAACGUUUUAGCUAUCCUGGCUCGGGUAUAAGCAAUGAGCGCCGCUUUUCGUCGAAAGAUGCCGCUGCGCGCAUGCAAUUCGAAGACGAGCUGUACGCCAAACGUGAACUGGAGAGCAUUACACAAGUACCUUAUGGCAGAAACACAAAUUACAACCAUCAUACCCAUGCUCUCAAGAAUCUACCUGAUUUGAUGCGUCCAAAAAAUCGUAACAGCUAUUGCAAUGCUCAUGCCAACGAGGCACUUAAUUCGCUGAUAUUACGCAGCAACUCCAAUGAGAUAACCAAAGAUGCCAAAUCAGAAAUGGAACGUUCAAAAAUUUCGGUUACACCUUCGUCGCCGAUGCAGAGUCCUCGCUACUCACUUUUAGUUGGCGAUACCAGUUCGGAGAAUAGUUCGGCCGUAAAUACACCACAGUAUGAUUUAGAACCACUGAUGGUGACCUCCGCAAUGUCCGGUUUGUCGGCACUAUCUGGAACAUCUUCACACCAUCAGCAACAGCAGCCAUUAUUAUUAGGUGUAGACUCUAGUAGUUGUAUGGGCACCUCGCACGAAAGUCUUGGCAGCUGUAAUCAGUUCACCUCACAUUCUAACAUCACACACGCCUCACAUCCAGAACGGCGUGACAUGCAUGCCCUCAAACGAGAACUCUCACUCGAUUUACAGCCGCUGAGCUCCAAGAUGACCACCGAUAAUGUAGAUGCCGGUGGAAAUGGUGGUGCUGGACAUGCAUCUACGCUACCCUACAAUAGACAGCGAGAACUAGCACAACAACUCAUUCCUUCGCCAAAUAACUCCAAUUUUACAGACAACACUAGUCAGUCGGUGACGCCCAGCGAAUUCGGCUAUCAGAACCUGCAACGCCAGUCCAGUAUGCAUUCGCUUAUCGAAACCGAGGCGGACUCGCCAGCGUAUGAAGAAUAUGAGAAUACACCCAGCAAUAUGACUUCACCUUUAUUAGGCGCACAAAAACCACCUCCAAUAGGCGGCCCAACGAGCCCAAUACGUGCUACAAUCAGCAUCACCUACAACAUGCGCAGUCCACGUGAGGAAUUGCCGACCAAAUCAUUUGCUGUGAUGCGUGAGAAGACAAAGGCCAAGGGACCGUUAUUGGAAACAAGCUUUGAUGAGAACAUAGUGUACGAGCAAGUGAAGUUCUUUCGAAAUUCUGUGACCGAGGUGAAUCAGCUAUUGAGCGAUGAGCGCAAAAGCGGUUUGGCGCUUGAGAGUCUGAAAGAGACCAAUGAAAAUGAGAUGCAAGAUUUCGGCGCUUACGAAAAUAUACCACUUUUGGGUAACAAAAAGAGGGACCGUGGAGAUAUUGAGACGAAAGACUGCGAAGUCGAUAUCCAAAUGGGUGGCGAGUCUAAUAAUUUGGAUAGUUUGGAGGAACCCUCUGAAACUGAAGAGGAGCGUUUACUAUAUGAAAAUGUGGAAAUGCGCAAGCCAAAAAGCAUCUAUGAAAAUAUGUUAGGCGAGCAGUUGAAAAAUGCAGAAGAAAAAGCGAAACAGGAAGUCUCAUCAGACAAGUUGGAGCUGGACAGUUUGGAUAGUGUAAAAACGGAUACGGAUGUUGCGUUGACAACAAAAGCGCUGGGUGAAGAAUUUGCCAGCGCAAACGCGCAAGAGCUUGAGCUCGAGCCGCCACACAGCGCAGGGAUCAUCGAAAACUCAGCACGUAAGUCCCCAUCAAAUUUUAGUGUCAAGGAGCUUGCUACCAAGUUCGAAAGUUCGCCCGUCGAGCAGCUGCCUGCCUUUGACUUCAGCUUUCGCAGUUCGAUUAAGAAACAUACAAGCGCGGUGGCUGAACUGAAAGCUUCGCAAUCGAGCCUCACAUCAAAUGCCGAACAGUCUGCAGCAAAGGAUGCCUCGAACCCGAACAACAAACAAAAACUGACGAAGUCACAGCAAAUAACGCGUUCCUUAGAUGAGAAUGCUUUCGUGCGCGAGUUCGGCUCAAAGCAUCUGCAAGAGUUGAGCACGCGUAGUAGCCAACAGCUACCUGAUUUGGCUGAGGUAUCUAACCGGCGCAAGAGUUUCGAUUUUACGCGCCCGAAAACACUAAAUCCGCCAAAGCGCUUGCCCGGCAUACCAAUAACAGAAGAGAUUUGUUUAUCGAAAAGUGAAAAGGCGACGCCACCAGCUGCGCUCAAGCCGGAAAAGAGUUACAAUCACGCUGCGGCGGACGAAGCGUUAGAAAACGAUUAUGAAACAGCUGAGCUGAAAAUCACGCCAACCACUGAGAAUCGCAUUUCGCUCAUACAAAAUAAUGUGAAUAUGCCAACACAGCAAUCUGUGGGCUCAGCAAACUCAACAUCAUCCGCCAUUAAUGCCAGCGCAAGCGAUCUAAGUAACUCAAAUUUGAAUCUAUCGACCAAUAGCCUCAAAGUGCUAUCAGGUGUCAAACUCGACCGCGAGCGCAUUGACAAAAUUAAAGAGGAACGUCGUCAGCAACUGACACAAAAGUAUCGCGGCGAUACGGCGAACUUCAAGUCGCGCUCCAAAACCGAUCUACACACAUCCUCACACAAGGAUGAUGACAAAUUUAACGCACCUGAAUCGUUGCGAGUAAAAUCGAAAUCACGCGGUGACAUGCGUGCUCUACAACAGGAAAAUGAGAAUGUAAAGGAAUUGCUGGGUCGUGCACGUCUACUCGCUGGUUCGGAGAGCACGUUGCAUGCUCCUCGUGUGCGUAGCAUUUCCGAUGAAAAGAAUCAAAAUGAUUUAAAUACUACACCAUCAACAACAACGGCUGCAGCUGCUACAAAUAAUUGCAAUUCAAACGCAAAUGCCCCCACCAACCUAGUGCCCACAACAAACGAAGUCGCACCUACAACCAAUACGACAACAUCGUCGGCAGUAAAUGUGAAUUUUUCAAAGAAAGCUCCGCCACAGGAGGAGUUUUCAGCGCGUGCUACUGUACAAAAAUUUGAAAGGAAAAGUUUUGAGUUAGCAAAUGGAACGGCGGGGUCGAUAGCAGUAACGGCGGCAGCACGCGAACGUAAUAGUAGGAGUGAGUUGGCGGGCGGCAGCAGUAAUGGCGCUAGCGGAGUGGGGAGUGUUGCGGCAUUGUCGACCAGCCGGCAAAGUCUGACCUCAACACGUGAGAAGAUCUCACCACAAUUUUCCAUACGUGAUAUGACGGCGAUGUUUGAGUCACGUUCACAAAAUUCGUAAUAAUAAUAAGUUGAAAACGUUAAACGUAUAUUACUUUAUGUCAUAGCUACACAUGCAUACAUACAUACAUUCAAUAUAAUAUUAUACAUAAAAAAGAACGUAACUACAUACACACCUCUUCGAACUAGGUCUUUACUAGAAUACAAGAACAACAUAACAAUCAUGCUACACCAUGUAGCACAUAAAUAUUGAACUUGAAAACAAAAACAUAUAUGAAGAACUGUGAGUGUGCGCGCAUGUAAUUUGCAAAAAAAAUUAUGAUUGUAAUUAAAAAGGUUUCUUUUUUUUGCGUAAUACUAAAGGGUGAAGAAAGAAGAGCAAGAAGUUGUAUGUAAUCAAAUAUGAUGGCUUGAAAACCAUUUAUACCACAUUAUUUCUAGCCAAAUUUACUUUGACAAAGCAACAAAAGCUAAAAACAAAAAAAUAAAUUGCAAAAUUG